UCUCCAAGGGUUGGAUCUUCAGGCGUCUCUCGUACAGGCGAGCGGCCGUCUGAUCUUGGUCGUCAUAGCGUCGUCGUCAAAGGUCCCAUGCGUCGUCCGUCAGCAUCCGGACUAUCUACCGGCGAGGCGACUUGUGUCCAACAUGUGGGCUUCAUUUCAUCAACCAAACCAGACGUACGAGAUUACCGACUCUCAGUCAUGCACUUCGUUGCGUCGUUUAACUUCAAUUACUCUAAACUGAGAGGUUGGGAAAAGUGGUUUCCUAGUCUGACCUACACGCAUACAAUAUAUGCUUACGGACAUUCGCAUCUGCUCACUCUUAUUUGCAGCUAA